GCUUCAGACUCUCUCCUGUGUGUGAUCUCCUCCUUCCUCCACCACGAUGGCUCUUUUACUUUUCUCAAGAGGACUUGCAAUAUUGAACAGAGCCCUUGCUCUGACUGACACCAGCUCCUGCCUUCAAGUGGAUUUGUGAAACAAGGUAGACUCCUUCAGUAUGCUGAACCACCCUUCUCCCACUCUAACCUGCCUCUUACUCUGCCUCCUGUUGUUGGCGUCUGGUUGGAAAAAGGCAGCCGGCUCUCUUGGAGACGGCAGAAAGAUCUGGCAGCAGCCCAAGCCGGACCCCAUCAUCAAAGACCAGUCUUUCCUUCAUGAUACCUUCCCUUCAGGAUUCCUUUGGGGUUCAGGGACGUCUGCCUUCCAGACAGAGGGAUCCUGGGACCAGGUGGGGAAAGGCCCAUCUAUCUGGGACCAUUUCACCCACUCCAAUGUCCGUGAUGAAUUGGCAACUGAGACCGCCAAUGUGGCCAGUGACAGCUACAAACGCUGGGACGAAGAUGUGGAGGCUCUGGAGUAUCUAGGUGUAAAAUCAUACUAUUUCUCUCUCUCCUGGCCCAGGCUCUUUCCUGAUGGGAAUGCAAAAGGUCUGCCCAAUACAGCUGCUGUGGAGCAUUACAGCCGUCUCAUAGAGAGGCUUCUGGAAAAGAGAAUUGAGCCCAUUGUCACCCUCUAUCACUGGGACCUGCCACAGGUCCUGCAGGAGCGCUAUGGAGGCUGGAAAAAUGACACACUGGUGGGACUGUUUGAGGAGUACGCUGCCUUUUGUUUCAAGGCGUUUGGGAGUCGUGUUAAGUACUGGCUCACGAUGCAUAAUCCAUACCUGGUGGCUGUGCAGGGCUAUGGGACAGGUGUGCACGCUCCUGGAGAAACAGGGGGUCCCGCUGUCUUUCUCAUUGUGGCCCACAACCUGAUCAGGGCACACGCCAAAGCAUGGCACACCUACAACACCCACUUCCGUCCCGCUCAGAAGGGUAAAGUAUCCAUUGUUUUGGGGUCCCACUGGGUUGAGCCUCAAAGAGGCCAAGCCACUGCUGCUAACGUUGAGCUUUGCCAGCAGUCAUUAGAAGCGGCCCUUGGCUGGUUUGCCAACCCCAUCUUCGGAUACGGGGACUACCCAUUCUCUUUCAAAAUGAAGCACGGGGCACUCUUGCCCACAUUCUCCCCUGAGGAGAAGCUCUGGGUGAAGACAACAGCUGACUUUUUUGCUCUGUCCUUCGGGCCCAACAACCUCCGUCAGGCCCGGGGCCUUGUCCAGUAUGGGCAGACUGUGACCCCCGACCUGAGGCGCAUACUGGGCUGGAUAAAGCUGGAGUAUGGGGACCCGAAGGUGCUUGUGACCGAGGGAAGCUGGUUUUCUGAAGCUAGUGUGGGAAAGGAGGACACAGUGGCCAUUUACCUGAUGAAGCGGUUUAUCAACCAGGUCCUGCAAGCAAUCAAGUUUGAAGGGGUGCAAGUCUUUGGCUAUUCUGCCUGGUCACUGGUGGAUGGAUUUGAGUGGAAUUAUGGCUUGACUGUGAGGCGAGGCCUGUUCUACAUCAAUUUUAGUCAACCAAACCGAACCAGGACCCCCAAGACCACUGCGCAGUACUACAGGCGUGUUGUCACUAACAAUGGUUUCCCCAGUGACGAAACCUCCAGAGAGAUCAAAGGCCGCUUCCCCUGUGAAUUUCACUGGGGUAUUGCUGACUCCACUUUACAUGUCCACUUCUACCCUUUCUCACCCCAGUUUACUGACCACCAUCUGUACAGCUGGAACCUGACAGGAGACGGAUCAUUGCGUCUAGUCCCAGGCGUGAAGAUGCAAACCAAACGAGCCCAGUGCACCGACUACUUGGCCAUUCGUGGUCAUCUUCGCCUGUUUGCAUCCACUGGGGCAUCUCACUACCGCUUUGCACUAAACUGGUCUCUGAUUUUACCCCAGGGAGACCUCUCUAAUGUGAACACGGAUGCUCUGAGGUACUACCGCUGUGUUCUGUACGAGCUGAAGAAGCUGGACCUGGAGGCUGUCGUUAUUCUCUACUACCCCACACACCAAGCUCCAAAUCUAGGUUUGCCUGGGCCACUGCAGGCCUCUGGUGGUUGGCUCAACUACAGCACAGUGGAGGCCUUUCAGGAAUAUGCAGCACUGUGCUACCAGCAGCUGGGGUCCUGGGUUGCAUACUGGAUCACCAUCAAUGAGCCCAACAGAUUGAUAGAUGUUUAUUCCAAUUGGAAAGAGAAGCAUCAGGCAGCUCAUAACCUUCUUCUGGCUCACGCUAAAGCCUGGAGGCUGUACGAGAGGGAACACGCUGGUCAUCAGAGAGCACUGGUAUCACUUGCAUUACAUGCCGACUGGGUCGAACCUGCAAACCCCUUCCUUGACUCGCAUACGGCAGCAGCACAGAGAUUCCUUUUGUUUGAGCUUGGUCGGUUCUUAGACCCGUUGCUUGGGACUAGAUAUGAGGAGAAGCAUAGCAAGGUUGACUAUCCAGAAGAAAUAAAGGCAUACCUGGAGGAGAGAGCUCGAGUAAUGGGCCUCCCUGGAUCCCCUCUUCCUAGCUUUACUGAGACUGAGAGGGAGGAGCUCAGAGGGACAUUGAGUUUUAUCGCUCUGAACCAUUUUACCACACGUUUGGUCUCUCCAUAUCUCCACACAAAGGGCAAUUUUCAGCAGAAACAACCUCCUGAUCACGGCUGUCUGAUCCUUUCUGAUCCCACCUGGUCCUCCUCCAGGCUCGGGCAGGCUCUUGUACCCCAGGGACUGCGAAAGGUGCUGAACUGGGUGAGCCAGAGAUAUGGAAGGGCUCUGCCUGUCAUUAUCACAGCCAGUGGGGUUGAUGAUCAGGCUCCUGUGGAGGACAAACUCAGGCAACACUUUCUCAGGAGUUAUCUGCAGGAGGCCUUAAAAGCUCACCAAUUAGAUAGAGUCAACCUGCAGGGCUUCUACGUGUGGAAACUGCAAGAUCGACAUGCCCCCCAGUUUGGCCUCUUCAGCUCAACCCACCAUCAAUCCAAAGCUAAAGCCUCCAUUGCUGUCUACAGAGAAAUCAUCACUCAUGGCGGUUUCCCUGAGGAUAACGCCAUGAAGAGCUGCAGGUUUAUUGAGCGGCGUGAACCUUGCUCUGUGUGUGCAUGGAUGUUCAAGAACAAAGCAAUGGUGGUCUUCGCAGGUUGCCUCUUAAUAACAGCCGUAAUGUUUGCAGCACUUGUCAUCUUUGUCAUCAUCACUAAGAGAAACCAAACAAGAGGCAGAGGGAGGCGGGUGAACAGGUGGAGGAGAAGGGAAGGAGUCCUUGUAUGCUCAUGUCCACCUGUUAAGUACUAACUGUAGAGACAUUGACUGUAAUGUUUAGCAGACAAACUGUGUGUGGCUCAUUGACAGAGGAGAUAUUCUAUUGUGUUUGGUCUAAUGGACGUAUGUAUCUGUGCUUUUAACAAAUAUGUGAUCAGUUUACCAACAAUGACUGUAAAAAACAUUACAUUGUAUUGUAAUAAUGGGUUAUAUAAAUGGAGGGUACACAUUAUAAAAGCUAUUUGGUUUGUUAAAUGACUAUGAGAUCAACAGAUUUACUGAAUGCCAAAGAUUGGUUGGCUCACAUGUGUUCUUACGACUAUGUGCUAAAGGAGGAUAACUGACCUCCAUUUUGGAGGAAUAUGUCAGUGACAUGAUUCAAUUAUUGGAAUAGAGAUGCUUAUAUUGUGUAGAUCAGACUAACAUGUGACUAAAUGUUAAAAAAAUAUAGGAUAAUUUUAGCUGAGAUAAAUUGUGAAUUGCACACAUCUUUGUGAAUAAGGUAAACGAAUAUAUUCAAAAGUGGGAUCCACUUUAUUGAAACACGAGGCCUGAUGCUUGACGUGACAUGCGUGAAGCUCCACGGGACAAGGCCGCCCCCAGCGUCACAGGGUGAAACAACGAGACAAGGAACAGUCUGAAAAAAAUGGAGAAAAUACCAAAACGUACAGUGUAUGUUAGUAAGUGUCCGUCACAGAGAUAACGAUGUAUUUCGACAUGAUUCCCACGGUCUCUCUUAAAAAGAAUAUCUUGAUUUGUAUGAAGUGUACUAUGUGCGACAGACGCACAGGCUUAACUGGGAUCAUCGGAUGAAAACAUGGUGCUCGCUGCAGUAAGGGAACGCAACGGACUCUUCAUGUGAUACUUUAGACCUGCUAAUCAAUGCCUAACUUCAUUUUGGAGCAUUUUUGUCUCAAUGUAUCUCGCGUUAAAUCAUUACACGAAAAGUAUUACAUGUAAUCUGAUCGCCAUUGCAUGAAACCCUGUUUACCUGUUCAGAGAUUAUAUUAUGCAUUAAAAGGUUGUCUAAAUGGCACACUAA